CGGAACAGAAUUCAUUCUGUCUCCGUACCUCCACCUACAAAGUUAAAAAUGCCCUACCCAAAACCCACGCACCUUCAGACGCCCCGCAAUAAACAGCCCUACCCAAAACCCACGCACCUGCAGACGUCCCGCAAUAAACAGCCCUACACACACCCCCCCCCACGCACCGUAAACAACACUAAAAUACCCGCUAAAAUAAGCCAAGUAAAGAUGACGCAAAGGAAUAUAUCCAUAAGCAAACGCCUAAAUAGAAUGAGGAAUCUGGACAAGAAACUGAGGAAGGAAACAAGCCCGCCGACAACUAGUAAAAAGGUCCUGGCGUCUCUAGAAGAAAGCAGGAAAAAUCCAAACAGCGUCCUAAACCCGGCCAACACACAUCUCACUCACUUCCGCCCACCCCCAAUAGCUGAAGAUAUCCCUAAUUACGGAUCCAAGGAGCCUAGUCAGGAGCAAUACAUUUUAAAUCGCAUUGAAGGGAUGGAAAAGAAGCUAAACAACCUCCUAGAAAUCGUCACUAGCCUACUAAACCAAAGAAAAGAUUGUCCAAAAUCUCCAAAAAAUCCUUUCCGAGAUCCAAUCUUUGUCUAA